UCCGUUCCUUGCUCCUUUGUAUCGACCAUCAUCACACCAACAAGCAAGCACAGCAGCACAGCCAAGCAAGGGUUUCCAUUCAUUCACUUCACAUUCACUAUUCCAACCCAACAGUCUUUCCAUACCGAAUCUCACCACGCAAUAAACCAGUAAAACAGCAGUCAUGCAGUCCUUCACUACUCUUGCCACCAUCUGUCUUCUCGCCAUCGGCGCGCUUGCCCGUCCUCACCCCCAAAGCGACAGCAGCAGCCCUAGCUGGGGCUACUGCUUGACCAAGUCCGAGGCUCAGCAGAUUGCGACGAACUACGGCGUCCUCAUUGCCAACUACAGCACGGCGCUCGCCGACGCCGCCCUCUCCCCAAACUUCACCGAUUACUCCGAGUCCGUCAACACCCUCAUCAAUCAGUGCUCACAGGGUGCGGCCGCCCUGCAACUGCCGCUCUUGGCACCGACUUUCACCAACCGCACAACUUUCGAGAUCGGUCAGGGCCAGCAAGAGCCCAUCAACUUCAACCAGCUCAACAUCUGGCACAGCUGUGACACUGUCAUCAUUCGCUGGGAGACUACCAACACUACCCGUCUUAACACUACCCGCCCCGUCAUUGGUAUGAUAAGCAUGGAGACCAUUGCCGCUCCCGCCGGAAACCUGUAUCCGUACUACAUUGACACCGUCUACUCGGAGUUCGACGCCGGUGCUUGGCUCGAGAACCUGCAGGAUGCGGGUAUCUGCUCCACCAACACCACACUCAAGGCAUGAUCUGGUUGUGAAUUGGUUGCAAUGUCACGCCAAGACGGUGAUACGAAGGCACGAAGCACGCUCUGGGCUCGUAACGGUUUUGCCUAUGGGAGGCAUGCAGGAUUAUUGUACAUACGAACACUUCUACAACAGCGCGGCGUUGGAUUGGUGAGCCAGGUGUGAGAAUUCUAGUUUAAUCCAUUAAUCCAUCUGCAAAAAAGCUUUCCACCUCCCUCAUUGUGCCACCGCUCACGCCACCCCAGACGCUUAGUCGUCUAUUGCAGACACUAGUAGGUUACAACCUGUUCGCGUAGUUUCUCCUACUAGUUGUCGCACAACGUGUUGGAACGGUUGGACCCGCCUUUGGAGGCUGACGCCCAACAACGUCAGCCAUGUCAGCGCAUCU